UUACCGCUAUAUUGAUUCCAUAGAUAAAUACAAACAGGCCGAUACCCACCUGACAGAGGGGCCGUGUUUACCUAAACCGUACAGGUAAUGCAGGUCAUAGGAACUGGACGACACAUUGCAUGUCACCUCAAAUCAAGGGACAAUCCGUAAAAUUUCCGGCGUUAGAAACCAACCCCCAGGAAUAAUCGGACAAACCUUCUGUUUUGGAUAAUUACUGGAAUUCCUCACCUGUGUUGAGACUAAUCGCUAUUGACAACGUAGGUAUCUGUGUGUGGGUUAUUCCCCUUACACACUGUCAGCACCGGCCGGAUCUGUAGGACAUGGUAGGAGACCCUGGGAUUUCUCAGGACACUCUAUUUAUACGGUGACACAUCGUAUAAUACGGAUAGUAUAUAAACACAUUCGACACGUAUAGCUUAAAGACAAAGUCGAACUUCUAACAUGAAAUGGGUGCAAUAUGUAGCGGUAAAACGAACACAGCCGUAGACUCGCUCCACAGCGCCCCGGACCAAAGUGAUAGCGGUGUGCAGAAGUACGCAAACCACGACGUUUCUGCACCAGCAAUAACUACCUCCAACACGAACACAGGUCAGGGUGUGGAGUAUAUUAGUGCUAGCGAAACAUCACUGCAAAAAGGCUCGAAUUCACCAGGAGACAUACCCGAUCACACGAUGCCGGCCAGACUACAAGAAACGGCUGCAGGUACAGCCAUGGAUCUAAACACCACAGAAAUAAAAUCAAACAACCCUCACUUGCAAACAACAUUUGGAAACAUUGAAAAGGCAGGUGUAUUAUUCGAAACAGAAAUGGAAAAGGUGAAUUCCGAGACCUACUUUGACCCCAUCCUGAAGGUUCUUAAACAGGAUUUGUCGGAUAUAUUCGAGGAAUUUACGAGUUCAACCGACCGACAAACAAUCGGACAGUUUAUGGCCAAGAUUGGGUUGGUCGACAAACUCGUCAGAUUAUACAGGUACACCAUUGAGGACAUGUAUGACGCAUUUACCUUGGACACAUUAAAAGAUGCAGGCAUUGAAAAAUCCUUGCUGAGAGAAAUUCGAAAAAUAUUAUGGAACUUUUCUGAUUUAAGCCCUGGAUUUCAGGUUGCGAUAGCCAAACCACGACUCAUGUUUGGAUUCUUAGCAAAGGAUUUACAGGAAAUGAGGAAACAUGAAUUUGACCAAAUUAAGGAAAGUUCAUUUCCGUUCAAAUCAGCUGUGAACAUUAUCCACAAUUGUUCUAGAAGUGCAAACGUAACUAAAGACAUGUACAUAGUUGAAUUAAAGCCUGGAGAAGAUGAGGAGGUAUCGCUUCAGACAUGUCUCAUUCCCUUCCUAAAAUCGUCAGAUACAUAUGUAAAGCUGAUAACUUUGCUGUCACUUGCACAUAUCAUGGACGAAAAAGAAAACAAGACGCUUUUGGGAGCAGAUAAAUCCCUUCUUGUAUUCCUGUUGGACAUGAUCCGAAAGGCCACAUCUUCACAAAAUAGGCGACACCAAGGGUUCUCGGUGGAGGAACUUUUGGAUGGGCUGUCUCGCUUAGCUAAAAAUGACAACAACAAAGGCAAUAUCAUGAAUAUCACAGAUGCAUAUACGAUGAUAAAAGGAAUCAUUGAGCGAGGUGAUGUUGUGUCAGAAACCAUAGCAGCAGUGCGAACAAUCUGGGAAUUAAUAUUUGACGAAAAUAACCGAAUUAAAGUGAAGAACGACACAGAGUUUGUGGAGAAGCUGAAGGACCUGAAACAUUCUACAACAGCAGAACUUGUGGAGGUAGCGUCGUACGCGUGUUUUGUGAUAGACGAUUCAGAGGAUGCGGAUACUUUCUUUGAAGACGAAUUAAAGCACAAUAUUUCAGAUUCCAUGGUUCCGAGUAAGAAGAAAAUAUGGUCUAAACCCUCUGCAGUUCCGCCGUCUACGUCGCCUGUUGUAGAAAAACAUCCAGUAUCCCAAGAAAAGCCUGGACAUGUCAUGCUCAGCUAUAACUGGGCUCAUCAACCAGUAUUACUGAAAGUAUAUGAUAGUUUAAAAACUGCUGGCUUUCCGCUGUGGAUGGACGUGUAUAAUAUGAAGGGCAACGUCCUUGAUGCUAUGUCUCAAGCUGUCCUAGAUUCAGAGAUCGUUGUCAUUUGUGCAUCGGAGCAGUACGGCAACAGUGCCAAUUGUCGAACAGAGGCAGAGUUUGCACGCAAGAAGAAAAAGAUUAUAAUCCCAUUAAUGAUGCAAAAAAAGCCCGAUACCUGGCUACCUGGCUGGUUAGACAUGCUGCUCGGUGAAAAACUCUACUACAAAUUCUACGACAUUGAACUUGACAACCAGCCAGCAUUUGAAGCACGCAUGCAGGAGGUUGUCAGCGCUAUGGGGGAUUAUAUGAGGCCGGGCCAGCCAAGAAUACCUCCCCCAUUACCAUCUCCGCUCCCCGACACACAAGCAAAUACAUCACCAACAACAACUUUAAAACAGACAGCACCUUCAGAUAUAAGUACUACGGCGUCAAAACCAAAAAAUUCAAAACAGACAAAAAAGACCAGCAGUCAAAUCGCCAGUCAACUGGACUCGUGGACGGAGGAUGAUAUAGAAACGUGGUUAAAAGACAACAGACUACACACAUUUGCAGGGAUGAAAGCUAUCACCUGUGAACAGCUACAAUUUCUUGUCAAAAUCUCGGUCAAGGCCCCAGAAUUCUUCUACAGAAGUCUAAAGGAGGAGGUCGGACUGAAAGGCUUAGAACAACUCAUGCGGGUCAGCAACGCAAUUGAGAAGCUUGUGUGAUUUCUAUGAUGGAUUUAGUAGAUAGAGAAAAAACUGCAUUAUCAAUCAAAUUUACUCAAAGUAAUAACCAUAAUUCAUGGAUUAAUAGAUACAGCUCAUAGAUUUAUAAGAACGGUUUUGGUGAAAUUUAAAAUACCGUUUGUCAUAGAGUUGGUCUGUAACAUAGGUAAUGUUGUUUAUGUGAAUUAAACAAUAAGGUGUAACAAGUAACCAGUAUACACCUAUAGGUGUUUUUAGGAUUGCAUAAUUAUAAAAUAUCACUUGAAAAGAAAUAAUCGCGUCUACAUUUAAGUCUCCAUUUAGAGAUACGAUAUAUGUAUCACCUUUUACAAAAAUGAAGCAUACGCAAUUUGGUGCUCAGAUGUUUUGGGUUUUUUGUUUACUAAAUGUGUGUUACACAUUACUGUUCGUAUUUUAUUAUUGUUUAAUUUAUUACUGUAGUUUCUAUUCCAUCAUUUAAAUAAUUGUGAUAUUGAGAAUACACAUGAGUCAAAAUAGAUUACAUUUGUAUCUGAAGUAUUUCAAUGGUCGAUAGUGUUUGAUUAUAUAGUUUCUAUAAUAAAGUCGCUGAACUAUAAACUAUGAGCAUGAUUAUCUACAUGUAUUGUUUAGUACUAACAUGAUUUUAUGGUUUACAUUACUGUAAAGUUCGUAGCUGUAAAACAAUUUUAGGACUACUACGGUUAUGGGCGAUUUCAUGCUUAUAAAUCUAAAUGGAUCCUUGAUGUUUUCUUAUUGUCUUUUUAACAGUUGAGAUAUUAGCUCGACAAAUGUUAAAGUUUUAGAAGUAUUUUUACGAAUUAGAGAUACAAAUGUAUAUAUUAAGUGGUUAAUACUGAAUAUUGCUAUAUAAUCUGAUUGUAUAACGCCAGCAUGAUUGCAUAGCAAUUGUAAGGUUGUAGACUACAAUUCCUAGGCGUGGUACAUAAACAGUGUUAGAUGAAACACGAUUUCACAACAGUUACUCAUGUAUAGAUCUAACAUGGUUACACGUAUAGAGUACACUCAUUGCCUUUUAACACGUAUGGUUGAUUAUCCUUAGCAUGGUGUUAAAGCAUGUUUGAAUAGCGAUAACAUUGUUGUAUGACGCUAGCAAGAUUUUACAUCACUUGUCUGGUUGUUUAACAUGAUUGUAUUCCGUCCUUUCGUAUUGAGUUAUCUGCUUUUGUGAGCAGGUAUUGAUUGUUACGUCGUUUGUUUGUAAGAGUAACGUCAUCAAUUUUUGAGAAAACGACGU